AUGGAAGUUGAAGUCAAGCUCCGUCUCCUCACCGCCGCCGCUCACCCCCGCCUCACCACUCUCCUCACUCCCUUCCACCUCAAAACCCUCCACCAACGCAACCUCUUCUUUGAUACUCCCACCAACGAUCUCUUCCUCCGCCGCGCCGUCCUCCGCCUCUGUUUCCUCCAUAACGCUACUCCUCCUCCGCCACAGCGUUGUGUCCUCUCUCUCAAGGAGAAGCCGACGCUUGCUAACGGGAUCAGCCGCGUGGAGAAAGAUGAGGAGGAGAUUGAUGCGGGGUUAGCUCAAGAAUGUGUGGAUUUUUCGUCUAGGUUAUCGGCUCUUGGGUCUAGGGUUUUGAGAAGGAUUAGGGAGGAGUAUGGGUUUAAGGAUUUUGGAGGGUUUGUUUGUUUAGGUGGGUUCGAUAAUGUGAUGAAUGUGUAUGAGUGGAGAGGUGUGCAGCUUGAGAUUGAGUGUGAGACUGAAGAACCGGAACGUGUUAAGACAAUGAUUGAGGAGUUUCUUGUGUUAAACAAAGUUGAGUUUAAGGAUUCAGAUAUGACGAAAUUUGCAGUUUUCCGGUCGGGGAAGCUUCCUUAA